AUCUAAACACUUACACUUUCCCCAUCAGCUUUAAACACUUACUCUCAAAGUGAGAAACUAUCAACCCACCACCUUUGCCGCCUAUUAUGGGGUUCAUCGCCUGGGCCCCAUCUCCUUCGCUGAUCCAUUCUUCCUCUCCCUCCUCUUCACCCUCAUCUACGCCGUCGUCGUCGUCUUCGUAUCUGCCGCCUUCCAAACUUCCGGUUGACUUCAGUCCACCGUUGAUCGCCAUAGUGGUGGUGGUCGCCGCAGCAUUUCUGAUCGUCAUGUAUUCGCGUCUGAUCUCAAAACGGCUUAUCCCUCUAAUUCACCGUUUUCUCAACUUCAUUCGCCUCCGCCGUCGGCGUCGGCGACGCUACUUACCAUCCACGACGACCGACCUCGACUCUCUCCCGUCCUCUGAUCCGUUCGAGCUCCCUCUUUCCCCUUACGGCCUAGAUGACUCUGCCAUCAAAACGCUACCGCUUUCUCUCUACACUUUAAAAACCAGACCCAACAACAGCCCCAAAGACUGCGCCGUGUGUUUGUUGGAGUUCGAAGACAACGAAUACGUCCGAACACUUCCCGUUUGCUCGCAUGCCUUCCACGUGGAUUGCAUUGACGUUUGGUUGAAAUCACACGCUAAUUGCCCGCUGUGUAGAGCUGGAAUUUUCGCCACCGAAUGUCCUUUCACUCCGUUAAUGGCGGCCAGAAUCCGUCCGAGCCUCGACGACGCCGUUUUCAUCAACAACACUCUGGAUUCCCUGACCGAAGCUCCUCUCCAAUCUUUCCCAAACAACACCAUAACGGAAAUAACCGAAGAGGCGUCACCAAGAAGAGCAAACGGAAGCAAUAGUUGCGAGGAAAGGUUUAAUUUUGUGUUGAAAAGGUCGUAUUCAUUUGGUUUCGAGAGGAGUUUAGCGGCGGAGAGGAUGAUGAUAACGGAGCCCACCACAGCUUCUCCUUGGAGGUACAGAAGAGGGACCGGAUUUUGGAGCAAAAGGGCAUCUCCGUUUGGAUCGUUAAUGAUGAAACCGAGGGUUUUCUCGUUUAGAUACUACAGAGGGAUGAAAGCUUCGCCCUUUUUCCGUCGGAGAGGAUUUUUUCCAUUGUCGGAAUCAAGCGUCAGAUUCUCCGGCGGCGGCGGCUCGUCGAGAAGAACCAAGUCGAUGGCGAGUCCGAUGUUUUUAAGAUCUACCGCUUCAAGCGUGGCGGCUUUCUCGUCGAGCCGGCUCCGUUGCGGCGACCCAGAAGCAUUGCUCUCACCGGAGAGGUUCAACAGAAGAUAAACAAA